GGCAGGAGGCCCGGCAGGUCAGGUUUGCUUUGCCAUGCCAUGCCACACAAAUCCGUUCGCCGUCCCAUCGCUCGUCGUGUUCAACAAAACAGAGAGCGAGCGUACGGCCGCGUCGUCGCGUCGUAUAGGUGCGCGCUUCGUUGGUAGUGGAGCAGCUACUGCUAGCAAUGGUUCCACGGGUUUCACAUAUAUCUCGCUGUUCACUUUCAAUAAGCGUCUCAGUCGGUAGAGUUGGACGAAACGAACAUUUGCGAACCAAACGCAUCAAAGUGGAGUGCUUUAUUUUUUUUGCUGUGCAGACAUUUUCCCAAAUAAAAGAACAAUAAUUUUAUUGUGCUCAAAAAAGAUUGAAUUGUUAGAAGAAUUGUGCAUAGGAAGAGAUCUAAUUUAGAGUUCUUCAAAACAUUUUGAUAUUCGGUAGUGAAACCAGAUACUCUAUUACACAGUGAAGCACUACAACGCAAAAUCCUUCGAAGCUUGAGCUCAAGAACUCAACCUAGGUCGUGCGUUCAUUCAACCGUGUGCAUGUAGAGUGAGGUAGAAAACUGGGCAAAACCUAUCAGUCCUGCUUCAAUUUGGCUUCAAUUCGGUAGCAGCAGCAAAGCCUCACCACGUUCUCCCACAGGAUGGAUGUGUACUACAUGAGCGACAGUAUCCAGUAUGGUUCCUUCCGGAAUCCACUGUACCGGGACUAUGAGAAGUUCCCGUAUGGAACACUGGAGAACCCGCUCAAUACUCCGCCCAAGAGCAGCCACCAUCUGCAGCAGCAGCAGCAGCGGAAUGGCGCCUAUACUGUGGCUCAAGAAAAAUCCAAAACAAAGACCACUAAGGAAUCGUGCCCCUUUUGCAAGGAGCAAAAGAAGCGACCCCUCGGGGCGUACAUGCGCAAGCGUGGCCAGCGCAUCAACAGUGAAAGUAUCUCCGAAGAUGUCGAAGAGUGCCAGGAGGAGGAGCAGGGAAGUGGCACCGAAACGUCCCCUGCCGGAAGCCCGACCAACAUCGAGCUGGCCUCGCACAACCAUCACUACCAUCAUGGACAAGCGCACCGCAGCGUAGUCAGCGGACGCUACUCGCGCCAGGAUUCGCAGGACAGCGAUGGCAAAUGAAAUCCCUCGGCCGGGAUAUGAUGGUGUAUUGGAUUUGUUGCAUCCCCCGAAAUAUCAAUGCAGAAUUUUGUUUAAUUUUUCAAACCUUAUAUAUUACGUUAGAGUUAAUCCAAACAGUCCCCUAGUUUUAAGUGUUUAGCAUUAUAUAUCAGUAAACAUACACUGAUCGUAUUGAUCGGCAUCGUAGGAAAUCGUGGAAGACAUUUUUGUCUGAACGCAAGACACAAGGAACACUAUACCCAGUUGUUGCGUUGAUUCCUCGUACAAACGGAGUAUUGCCUUAGCUCGGAGCUGGUUUUAAGAUGGAAUCCAAGCAUUGCAAAUAUCUUCUAAACAUUGUGCAGGAGAGAUACAUCGAACGUGGUGUGAGAAAAAGACUGAUCUUUUAUAACCUUGCGAAUAAGGGAAAAGAAAUAUUUAAUAAAAUGUUCGCAACCAUCAGGAAUCAUUUAUCCACUCUAUUGGGUAACAAAACAUAAACACUGCUUGGAUUUAGCAUUUCUUGUUUUUUCUUUUCGUGAAGUUUGAAUCAACCUAUACUUUAUAUCUAACAUUGUUCACAUGAAGGUUGCCUUUUAGGCGGUAAAUAUAUUGAGGAUUACUAUCCGGUAUUCAUGUGCGGCUUUACUAAAAAUAUAAAUGAAUCGAUUAUAUGUUAUAACAUAAGCGUGAGAAAGCUUCAAUAUUGUAUUAGAGACAUAUAACA